AUGUUUUUAUAGUCUGUCAUGACGGAAUACGACAUUAAUCCGAACAUUGAAAGACUGCUACUCGAAAGUGAUAUUGAGGAAGAAGCAGAUGAAGGCGUUGACGAUGAUAGUCAGGAACAACUGGUGGCACCUAUUGAUGAUGACAGUUUCGACGAGGACGAGGUCGGUGGUGCUUACGAUGAGCAGUGGUGCGAUGAUGUCCAGAAGCACGACCGGUGGACCGCUCUCGCUGAUGAGUAUGGCAUGGAAUGCAGCGCUUCAAGUGAUUGUGUGGAACCGGUCGACUUCUACAAAUUGUUUCUGAACGAGGAUAUCUUGGAGUUGAUAGUGGAGGAGACAAAUCGUUACGCUUCAAAUAACAAGAAUCAGACCUGGUCGCCGACAAACAAGGAGGAAAUUAUGAAUUUCAUCGCUUUACUGCUUCAAAUGGAAGUCGUCCAACUGCCCACAUUGGGGUCUUAUUGGGACAACGACCGUGUGUACGGGUCGCAUCGAAUUGGUCGUAGUGUUAUGUCUAUAGAAAGGUUUGAAAUGCUGAUUAAGAAUUUUCAUUUGGUGGAUAACGGCACCGCCGAUGAAGUCGGUAGGCUGGAUAAAAUUACCCGUUUCCUGGAUCUUUUCAACGAAGUCUGCCAGCGAAUGUGUUGUCCUGGAAAGGAAGUCUAUAUCGAAGAGUUGCUGAUUCCUGUCAGAGCGAGAUUCGUUCUCAAACUGUUCUAUCCGAAUGACUGGCAUCGUUAUGGGAUAAAAAUGAUAAAAGUGAUAGCAAAAGGCGGUUAUACCUACCGUACAGUUAUCCAUGCUGGUGAGAAGUCCCAAACUCCGACUGAUACCAUCGUUGGGUUAUUAGAUGACCUUCUCAAUUGCGGUCGAAUCGCAGUAACUGACCAACAUGCUACUAGCUUAGAUCUUGCUCAAGAACUUCUGAGAAGAGGUACCGACUUGCUUGGCGCUGUCGGCCCCAACCGGUACGGACUCCCAGUAACAAUAUCGAUCAGUUUCCUGAAGAAGGGNAAGCAAAAUGCUGAAGGCAUAACUGUACUGAAAUGGCGUGAUAAGACGGACGUGAUAAUGCUAUCCACAGUACAUGAUGAUUCCAUAACCAAGGAAGGGGUGCCGAUCGCUGUGAAGGACUACAACCGAGUGAAAUCCUACACUAAUCUUGCUCAUCGUCCUUAUACUCCCUAUGUUCGUAAAGCCACAAAGUGGUAUGUUCGUGCCGGGCUCCAUCUGCUCACUCAUGUGGCCAUGGUGAAUGCUUGGAAGCUCUACUCGGAUCACACAGGAAUCCCAAUUGACUUAAUGAGUUUCAAGAUCUUGGUCACUAGGGCAUUGCUGCCCAAACCAAAACCGGCAGAUCCAACGAGAAGGUUGGUAGAGAUGACCGGAGCCAAACGGGCGACGGUCAGACGUUGUGUUGGCUGCUACAAGAGGUUGUCAGCUGAUCUCGGUCCCUUUGAAGCACGACAACGUGCCAGGCGUGUACAUACUCGGUGCAGUAAGUGCCACAAGCACUUUUGUCUGGCUUGUUUCCAAACGGGACAUAAGGAAUGUUGA